CUGCGUCUCAGGGCGAUGGAGAGCCACAGGUGCGCACAGGCUCAGGCUCAGGUGAGUUCGGGUGUCGGUUCCCCGUCCUCUGGACUCCCUCACCGGGCGGCUCUGAUUCUGGCCCGGGGUGGCAGUAAAGGAAUCCCUCUGAAGAACAUCAAGAAUCUGGCCGGUGUUCCUCUCAUCGGAUGGGUUCUGAGAGCUGCCUUGGACUCAGGAGUCGUUGACAGCGUGUGGGUUUCCACAGAUCAUGAUGAAAUUGAGCGGGUCGCAAAAGUCUGGGGUGCGAAAGUUCAUCGACGCAGUCCUGAAGUUUCCAACGAUUAUUCCAGCUCUCUGGAGACCAUCCAGGAGUUCAUCCGACUGAGACCCGAGGUGGACAUCGUCUGUCAUAUUCAGGCUACAUCUCCAUGUCUGCACCCUCAUCAUAUCAGAGAAGCCCUACAGAUGAUCACGGGACAGGGGUAUGACUAUGUGUUUUCAGUGGUGCGCAGACACCAGUUUCGGUGGGAGGAGGUGGACAAGAAAGUGGGUAAGAAUCCGACUUCGCCGAACAUCGAUGUGGCGCACAGACCUCGACGCCAAGACUGGCCUGGGGAACUCUAUGAAAAUGGCUCUUUCUACUUUUAUAAGAGAAAGGACCUGGAAAACGGCCUUACACAGCUGGGCAAGAUCGCUUACUAUGAAAUGCUGCCAGAGCACAGCGUUGACAUCGACGUGGACAUCGACUGGCCUGUCGCUGAGCAGAGAGUUCUGAGGUUUGGCUACUUCGGCCGAGAGGAGAAAGCGGCGGUCAGGCUGUUUCUGUGUAAAGUGUCUGGCUGUCUGACGAGCAGUCAGAUAUACACGUCGGUUUCUGGAGAGGAUCUUGUGGCCAUCAAUGCUCGAGACGUGGCAGGCGUACAGAUGCUAAAGAGAGAAGAUAUAGAGGUGAUCCUCAUAUCCAGCGUGAACGAGCUGCUGUCCAGGGCUCUCCUGGAGAAAGUGUCCCAGCAGGCCGGAUGUGGCCUCAGGAUUGGAGACCAGCAGAAAGGGCUUGAUGUGAAGCGGCUGAUGGAAAAGAGGAAACUGCGCUGGGAUGAAGUGGCCUUCAUGGGUUCAGAAGCUGAAGACGUAGAGAUCCUGUCUAAGGUGGGGCUGAAUGGCGUCCCGUGUGACGCACCUGUGGCAGAUCUCAUCGCAGCGAAAUACACCUGUCAGAGACCCGCCGGCCACGGAGCCGUUCGAGAGUUUGCCGAGUACAUUCUGAUGCUGCAGAAAAAGAGCUCGUCACACGUGAACCAGGAUCGCAUUGACAGGGCCAAUUUUUAAAGCCUAUUCCAGUUUAAAUUUAAAACAGUCAGUCUGUG